AUUCUCGACUAAUUUGUGCACUAAUUACUUUAAUUUUAAUUAAUUAGUUAAUCUUUUGUAUAUUUUCCAUGCAUACGCCGCUAAAUAUGGAGAAUUGGGCGAAAUCAUUAUGGGUGCCGUUCUUCUUGUGGUGUGCUACUACUAAAAGAGUGGGCGUCUCCGCUUGGUCUCAUCAACGCCGGCCACCGCCACAGGUGACGCCGCCGCCGUGCUUUUUCAUAUUUGGGGACUCACUGGUUGACAGCGGUAACAACAAUGGCCUCCUCACUCUCGCAAGGUCAAACUACUUGCCUUAUGGUGUUGACUUUCCCGACGGUUCUACUGGCCGCUUCACUAAUGGCCGUACUUUCGUUGAUAUUCUAGCUCAACUGCUAGGGUUUCAAAAUUACAUUCCAGCUUUCUCAAGAGCACGACGGCGGGAAUUUAUUCGAGGUGUUAAUUUUGCUUCUGGCGCUGCAGGCAUUCGGGAUGAAACUGGAAAUAAUUUGGGAUAUCAUAUAGCAAUGAACCAACAAGUAGAGAACUUCGCAAGAACAGUACUGGGGAUGAGGAAAUUUUUCAGAGGAGAUGAUAACUACACACUACUUCAUGACCAUCUAAGCAAAUGCAUUUUCUACUCUGGAAUGGGAAGUAAUGACUACCUCAACAACUAUUUCAUGACUGAUUUCUAUUCAACUCAUUCUGAAUUCACCCCUCAAGCUUAUGCUGCAUCCCUUCUCAAUGACUAUUCACGACAAUUAACGGAGAUAUAUUCAUAUGGGGCUCGAAAGAUAAUCGUGACGUCUAUUGGACAAAUCGGAUGCAUACCAUAUGAGCUAGCGAGGUACAAUGGGAAUGGCAUUAACAGAUGCAAUGAAGAAAUUAACAAUGCCAUUUCCAUGUUCAACUCUGGGCUCAAGAGGCUUGUAGAUAAGUUCAAUAGAGGCUAUUUGCCUGGAUCCAAGUUUGUUUACUUGGAUUCAUUUGCAAGCACCAAGGACCUUGUUGUCAAUGCAAAAACAUAUGGAUUUGAAGUGGUGGAUAAAGGAUGUUGUGGGGUGGGGAGGAACAAUGGCCAAAUAACAUGUCUUCCUCUUCAACUACCUUGUGAUGAUAGAUCAAAGUACAUCUUUUGGGAUGCUUUUCAUCCCACAGAAGUUGCAAAUAUUCUCCUAGCCCAGAAGGCCUACAGUUCAACUUCCAGAGAUUUUGCUUAUCCCAUCAACAUUCAACAAUUAGUUGCGAUUUAAAAAAUGCAACAUCUCCUCAUUCCGUCAUUUUUAUGAUUCCAAUAAUGUUGUAGCAACUUGUAUCAUGACUCUCUAUUUCAAUUCCUUAAAUGUAUGCUUUGUU